AUGGCUGGUGUCAAGAGGUCUAUCGGGUCAAUGCUUGGCCAUGAGGAUGCUUUGUUGCGACCAAACGGUCAUGCCCGUCCAAGAAGUCAUUACGAUGGAAUAACCCGUGAUAACCUCGAUCCCUCAACACCAAAGUCACAGUCCUUUAGACUUGGCGACGCGCUUCACUCACAAACUCCGUCUCAAAACACAUCACAGCCCAAUUCGAGAGCGGCCUCUCACUCCGUGGGUCCAAAUGGAGACCAACAGGAUGGCCUCACUCGUACACCAUCUCCCACCUUUCCUCCCUUGACUGGGCAGGUUCCCGACUUUAUUCCAGAUGCGUCAAUGAUUCUUGUUGGAAUGCGCGGUGCUGGAAAGUCGACAUUGGCGGUUAUGGCUUCGUCUGCUAUGGAGAGAAAGGUUGUUGACAUGGAACAAGCUUUCCAACGGGUUACCGGUUUAUCCAGUGCUGCUUAUAAGGCUGAGCAUGGAUCUGCUGAAUGUUAUAAGCAACAAGCCAAGGUUUUGCAAGGUGCUUUACAACGGCAUUCUACUGGUUGUAUCUUGGUUUGCUCAUGGAUGGAGAGUCGAGUUCAGAGUCUACUACGAGAGUUUGCGUCAAGUCAUCCUGUCAUUCACAUUGUUCGAGACGCCGAUGCGAUUCAGAAUCACCUCAGAUUUCGUGAUCCGACAAAGAUACGAAACCUUCUCGAUGUCAGCAAUGCUAUCUUUAGGUCCUGCACAAACUUUGAGUUCUUCAACGUCUCCGAGAAGGCGAGUAAAUCAUUACUUGCAAGAACAUCAAUGUCGGAGAGGUCACCAGCGCCUUACUUGACACUCAAACAUGUCGAGCGACACUUUCUCAAGUUUCUGUCGCUGGUUUAUCCUGCAGGAACAAUACCAUUUGCCGAUUCAGCCUUUCCACUAUCGAGAAUUCCUACCGAGGAACGCAAUUUUACAUACGCCACUUCGAUUCCCCUAACGGACAUCCUCGGCGAGGGCGUGGAAGUUGAGGAGCAUGUCAAGGGUGCAGAUGUGGUACAGAUCGUCGUGCAUGAUCUGGCAGACCACGCUGAACAUGGCACCUUGACAUCUGAGACCAGCGCAAAACUACUUGCAGAUAUCACCAAAGGCAUCGGGGUUGUGAGAAGAAGUACCAUCCUUCCAAUAAUCCUUCACCUCUUCCUCCCUCACACAGCAACUGACGAGAUUCUGCGUGUGUAUCUCGAUCUCGUCCACCACGCCGUUCGACUGGCGCCUGAAAUGAUGACUGUCGACCUUCGACUCGAAGAUGUACACAUCUCACGUAUACUCUCAAUUCGCAAAAGAACAAAGAUAAUUGGCAAUUGUUUUAUCAUCUCAGAUCCACCAAGCUGGGACUCUCCAAUGUGGAUGUCUUGGUACAAGAAAGCCAACAAUUUGGGCUGCCAUAUUGCAAGAUUAAUACGACCCGCGACAUCAAUCGACGACAACUUCAGCAUUAACCAUCUAAAAACAUCAGUUGCCGCGCUGCAAGGACCCAAGAUUCCUCUUAUUGCUUAUAAUUCCGGAAACCUUGGUCGCAACUCUCAAGCUCUUAAUCGCAUUUUGACCGUCGUUCGACCAGACUCACUUGAACGAGUCAACCCGAAACCACCUAUUACACCUACCAUCACCGCAACUGGCGCAACAAAAGCUCUUUUCUCUUCAUUCAUAUAUGACCAAAUGAAGCUUUACGUCUUUGGAGCCAAUGUCAGCUACAGUUUGUCGCCAGCAAUGCAUACAGCCGCGUUAAAGGCAUGCGGACUGCCCCAUACAUACGAACCAGUAUCCUGCUCGUCACUUCGGGGUAUCAAGCAUUUAAUCGAGGAUCCUGAGUUUGGCGGUGCUUCAGUCGGACUCCCAUUCAAGGUCGAAAUCAUCACCUUGACUCAUUCACUCAGUAACCAUGCUAGGGCCAUUGGUGCUGUCAAUACUCUUAUCCCCAUUCGCUUCUUAAACGAAGACGGCACGAUACCAACAGGCGCUGCUUUUCUCGAUAGUGUCAAUCGCGCAGGCCCGAUUAAAGCUCUAUAUGGCGAGAACACUGACUGGAUUGGCAUUCGCGCUACUAUUCGACGUGGUCUAUCACCCGCCAAUGCUGUGGUGUCAAGUACAUGUGGUCUUGUCAUUGGAGCAGGCGGUAUGGCUAGAGCUACUGUCUACGCUAUGCUUCAAGUCGGUAUCAAGAAUAUUGUUAUAUAUAACCGCACACGCAAGAACGCCGAAAAGAUGGUGUCGCAUUUUACACAAUUACUACAGAGAAAAGACUUGGGUGUUUUGAGUGCAGAGAGCGAACACUCUCGUUUUCACGUUAUUGGGUCACUGGAGGAUCCUUGGCCGACAGAAUACCGUCUACCCACAGUCAUUGUCUCCUGCAUCCCUACACAUCGCAUCGGAAAUGUUCCCACACCAGAACUCACACUACCGGACGAAUGGCUAGAAAGCCGCACUGGUGGUGUCGCGAUUGAGUGGGGAUACAAGACACUAGACACGCCGUUUCUAACACAAUUCCGAAAACAAGCACAUCGAGGAUGGGUGAGCAUGGAUGGUCUGGACAUGUUGCCUGAACAGGGUUUUGCACAAUUUGAGCUGUUUACUGGGAGGAGAGCGCCGAGAAGGCUAAUGAGAAGGAUGGUCUUUGAGGCAUAUCCUGUUGAAGAGGCAUUCUUCUCCGCCUACGUAGAAUCCGGUGAAGCAAACGAUCCAGCCCUCAUAAACCGGGACGUCCACGAAUCCUGCAAACGAUUCUACCGUCCCAUCUCCCUCUGCGACUUUUUCGGCGUGCCACCAGACUGGUCGCACGAUAACAAAGCCUACGAAGCUGGAAUCGCGAAUAACCUUACCAAGGGAUCACUCAAGACAUGUGAGGUGGAGAACUUGACGAUUGAUACUGAAGCGCUGAGGGCGGCUGCUACGACUAAGUCGGAUAUGGUGUUUAAGGAUGGGGAGACGCUUGUUAUGGAACAUGCGUGGAUUUUGGACUUUAGCGAGGAUGGAGGGAAGGUUGUUAGGGUGGUGGAGUUUUGUGAUCAGUUGGCUACGAGGAGGAUGGUUGGAAAGGUUUACUCAGAAAAGUUUGGGAAUGAUGCUUCAUAA